UAUUUUUUCUUCUCCGCCCUACCUAUGAGCCCAGAAGUUCCAGUCUCAGGACUUCACUCGCUGUAUAGGGCAGGGGCUUUGGAGGACUGAGGACAUAGAGACCUGGGCUUUGGUUUUCGCAGUCAAAUGCGUUCGCCAAGGGCCAUCCGCAGACGCACAACCCCCCUCGCCUUCACAACCUUGCGAGUCCAGCCCUGCACCCCUAACCUGUUCGCUUGAGCCGCCUCUGCACGGUCUCCCCCUCCUUAACUUUCUAAAUAGCUUCAGGGAAGAGGCGGGGUGGGGGGUGCGGUUAAAAGUCUGGAAACAGGUGUCUAAAACUUAAAAAGCUCAGAGGCGCCUCUCCACUUCUCAGCUCGGUGACUCAGAGAGAGGUACACACGCCACACCAGCCACACCGCCGGGGGACCGACGGAACGAGCCUGCGCAAGGAGGUGGUAGCGGCCGGUGUCUUCCCGAGCUACAGUCCCCUGAUCAGCCGAGUUGGGGGCUGAGCCCUCCCCUGGCCCCCCAGCUCAGCCUUGUCCACCCGGGCCAUUUUCGAUUACCAGCCGCCAGGUGCUGCUGACACAGUGCAAAGUCUGAAGAAGAGAAGAUGGACUGGAGCACACUACAGACUAUUUUGGGGGGUGUCAAUAAACACUCCACCAGCAUUGGCAAAAUCUGGCUCACUGUACUCUUCAUUUUCCGCAUUAUGAUCCUGGUCGUGGCUGCUAAAGAAGUGUGGGGAGAUGAGCAGGCUGAUUUUAUCUGCAACACUCUCCAGCCAGGGUGUAAAAAUGUGUGCUAUGAUCACUUUUUCCCCAUCUCUCACAUCCGACUUUGGGCUCUGCAGCUGAUCUUUGUGUCAACGCCAGCCCUCUUGGUGGCCAUGCACAUCGCUUACCGGAGACAUGAGAAAAAGAGAAAGUUCAUCAAGGGAGAGAUAAAGUCUGAAUAUAAAGACAUAGAAGAAAUCAAAAGACAAAAGGUUCGCAUUGAAGGAGCCCUGUGGUGGACCUACACGAGCAGCAUAUUCUUCAGAGUCAUCUUUGAAGCGGUCUUUAUGUACGUGUUCUAUUUUAUGUACAACGGAUUCUCCAUGACUCGGAUGGUGAAAUGUAAUGCUUGGCCAUGCCCCAAUACUGUGGACUGCUUUGUUUCUCGACCCACUGAAAAGACAGUCUUCACUGUUUUUAUGAUUUCAGUGUCUGGGAUUUGCAUAUUGCUAAAUGUCAUUGAAUUGUGUUAUCUGCUGAUAAGAUAUUGUUCUGGGAAGUCCAAGAAGCCAGUUUAAAUAAUAGCCCAAAUGCCAGAUAAAAAGGUAGAUGAGACAAAAUGGAUGUGGCAACUUUUGCUAGCUGUCAGGACACAAUCACCAAUAUUACCCUAAAUAAAGAAUACAAAUCCUUUUUUUUAAAAUAUGUCAUUAACUGAAACCCCUGUAGUCCUUACAUGAUACUCUUGAUAACAAUGCCAGUAAUCUCUAGUUGGAGAUUUAUUCUCUGUAGGCCUCAGAGAAAGGUCCAAUUCUACCUAUUUUUAGCUUUUUGUUCUUUAAAACAAAAGUUAGCUGCAAUGACACCCUAUGCUGAGAGCAUUCAUUCCAAGACGCUUUUCUUUUUAAAAAGUGGAAAUGUGCUUUUGUUUCUUUGACUGUAAUAGUGGGAGCAAAGAGAAGACUAGAGCCUGAAAGAGUUAUGGGUGAGCUUGAUCUGUCUAUUUCUUGUGGUAAUGACUUCACUAAUCAACCACAAAUUAAAGCUGAAUACAUAGAAAUUGGAGACUUUGAAAAAUGUAGACACGUCAUUUGGAAGAGUCUAUUACUAAGGCUGUACAGUUCUUAUGCUACAACUUUCAUUUUCUAGGGUUUUUUUAUGGUAAAACAAGAUAUAUCCUUUUUACCUAUGAUUGACAAAAUGCCGUGAUUAUUCUAUAGCACUGCUAUUCCUUUUAUUUCAAAUCUUCAGUUUUAUGAAAUGUAAAUAACAUGCAUUUAGCUAUCUUUUAAUUGUCUUUAAAAUAUUGGCUUUUAGUCACAGAUAACUUACAAUGAAACAGAGAAGACCUCCAAAAUAUUGUUGAUAUAAGUAAUAACAGCAGAUCAGCAUCUCUGAAGAAUUUAUCUUGUUAGAAUAUCCACAGAGAAGUAUUUACUCUUGAUUCAUGGUAGCAGGCUUUUGCUACCCUAAGCAGGAACGUAAUAGUCCAUAAAAAAAAAUUUUAGUUUUAAACUUUGACUGCUGGUACACAUCUGGCAUCAGAUGGUAAGCAGUUGGAUUCUCUCAUAUCACAUUCUAUAUUCCCCUAUGACAUUUGUCUUCUUUAUAAUGUAAUUUUGAUGAUGGCAUUGAGAUGGUAAUUAUUUUAUUAUAAUAGGUUCCAGAUACUGUAUGUAAGCUCCUUGAAGACAAAUCCUGUUGACAUUUUCAUCUGUGUCCCCAGUGUCUUGAAUAUAACAGAUAUUUAGUGAGUAUCUGAAUUGGGGCUUAGAUCAGUCUGAUUAUUAAACAUAUGAAAUUCAGUUAUUUUCAGCAGUUUGUUUCUAUUAAGAGUUAAUAGGAAACAGAAAAAAACGAGCUCUAAAGCAGGAGCCUUAGAAGUCUGAUGAAUAAAAGACAAAACUAAGAACUAAAUAAAUACAACUGGAGUAAAAAAUAUGAUUAGAAGUUCCUUUAAGGACAAGUUGAAUCCUAAUUUCUUGAAAUGGUUCUCAAACAGAGGUAUCUGAUUCAUUGCAAAGGCAGAUAGUUUCUAAUCCUAGCACUGGGAAACCUUUUGUAAUAAUGAUUUUUUUUUAACUUUUAAGUUCAUAACUAAAAUAAUUGUGUCAUAUCUAAAAAUUUAAAGUAUUACAAAGCAUAAUUGAGUCAUACAAAUAGCUAUUUUCAAUAGACUGAAUUUUUAAUAAAAUAGCAACUCAA